AUGCCUCCUGCCAUGGACGAACCUGAUGAUGUGCGCCGCUACCAGGCGCCUUACAGCUCUCGCAGACCCGUGCCUACAAUCUCUAGAUAUCGCGAAGAGAAGGCUGCCAGACAGCAAGAGUCAAUGAAAGAUGACUCUGCCGAUGACACUCAUGCAGAACCUGCUGGCCAGACAAUUCAUAAUGAAGCCGACCCUGACGCCUCACGCGAUCUCUCUCGCGAAAAGGUCAACGAAAUGGAAACGGAGGACGGCGAUAAUGGAGCUCCCAAAGAUACCUCUCAAGUUGACCCGGAUUCAACAAAUAUCAAGCAAAGGAGAAAGGACCUCAAGCUCAGAAGAAAAGAGAGAGCGGAGCGAGAGGUGACGGACCCUGUUACUCAUCUUCCUGUCACCAUUCAUGACUUCACAGACGAGGCUCUAAAGGAGGCGGUGUCCAGCCAUGUCGCCUUCAAAUCUGCGAAGCGGUCUGCUACUGGUCUGAAUUCAAAGAACCACUCCACCGAGCACUUGCAUAAUGAGGCAAAGGAUAUGCAAGAGGCUCACGAGAUGAUCAACCGCACGUUUCCCCCACCUGAUUUUGACCUGUUGAAUAAGCAUAUAACGGCCAUCAACAAUCGUGGCCUUACCUUUGGCCUCGUGGGUCUUGCCCUUGUCGUCAUCAUCUCGUUCUUUUUGAGAGCACCCCCUGGCUUACGAUCAAGCGUAUCUGACUCAGAAGCAGACCAUGGCAGCAGCAAGUGGUGGCUUUUUUCCACCCUGCUGAUAGUUGGGUCUGCCGCAGCAGUGAUUGCCGGAGUACGGGAUUAUACAACCAACAAAAUCAACAACAUCUUUCAGGAUGAAGUUUGGGACGCACAUCGUCAACAACUGGCCAAGGACUCUAGCAAGCAUGAAACCGAGACGACGAUAUGGCUCAACUCCCUGCUCGGAGCUGUGUGGCCGCUGAUUAAUCCUGAUCUUUUCAUCAGCUUGUCGGAUACUCUCGAAGAUGUGAUGCAAGCAUCCCUUCCCAAGCUGGUUCGAAUGGUCAGUGUUGAAGAUAUUGGUCAGGGAAGUGAAUCGAUCCGAAUACUAGGCAUUCAAUGGCUUCCGACGGGCGCUGCAAGCAAAUCUGUAACUACAGAUGGUAAGCUGACCUCGAAUCAUGACUCUGAUGAGAACGACGGCAGCAAAACUCCAACCUCUAAGAAGUCUGGUACCAGUGGCUCCAAGCCCAUGUCGAAGGCUGAUGCCAUAGCAGAAGGAAUGGAAGGGGAGGAAGGUGACUUCAUCAACAUGGAAGUAGCUUUUGCAUAUCGAACACGAUCAAGCUCUCGAAGCCUCAAAGACAGAACAAAGGACAUGCAUCUUUACCUGGCAUUUUAUCUUCCCGGAAAUAUCAAGAUCCCCGUUUGGGUCGACCUCCUUGGAAUCAUUGGGACAAUGAGGAUGCGCCUACAAUUAUGUCCUGAUCCACCGUUCUUUUCGCUCUGCACCGUCACUUUCAUGGGCCAACCAAAGGUUGAUGUGCGAUGUGUUCCGCUGAGCCGUCGGGGGCUGAACAUCAUGGAUAUUCCUCUCAUAAGCAACUUUGUUCAAAGCGCCAUUGAUGCCGCAGUGGCAGAGUAUGUGGCACCCAAGAGCCUGACUUUGGACUUGAAAGAUAUGCUUGCAGGUGACGACUUCAAGAAGGACACGGUCGCGACAGGAGUAUUAAUGAUACACAUCAAGCGAGGAUAUGACUUCAAGAUGGGAGACACAGGAAUUCCACUUAUCCGGGAUGCUAGUUCCGAUCCGUACGUCUCGGUUGGAUGGGCCAAGUUUGGCAAAGUUCUUUGGAGCACACGCAUUUUGAAGUCUGAAAUGGAGCCGUGCUGGGAUGAAACAUGUUUUGUUCUUGUCAGCCCAGAGGAGGUAAAUAUUGAAGAGCGGGUCCGUGUUCAGCUAUGGGACUCUGACAGAUUUACCGCGGACGAUGACCUCGGGCGUAUUGAAGUGAGUUUGAAGGAACUGAUGCAUAAUCAAGAGUCAAGGGGCAAGGUUUGGGAACGCACAGACGGAUUUAGAGCCCUGAAAGCUGGCGACAAUAUGCCUGGAAAGCUGGAAUGGAGCGUGGGCUACUUUCCCAAGACUCGGAUUCAACAGUGUCAGUUUGACAAACAAACCUAUGAUCCGAAGAUCCGGUCAAUGGAGCAGCUCAAAGAAAAGGUGGAUGAGACAUGUGAGCGGAAGCUUCGUGAGUUCAUGAUCAAAGAAGGAAUUAAUGUACGUGACGAGGAAGAGUUGGAGCAGCAAAGGAUGCUAGAGAUGAAGACCCAAACGGAUGCCAUGAUGAUUUCGGCGCCACCACCUGACGGGUACCCCAGCGGCCUGCUAAGCAUACAAAUCCACAAUAUUACCGGUCUUGAAAUCGAACGACUAAACAAGCGGCAACCCGAAGAUUAUGAUGAGGCGAGUGACGAAGAGGAAGAGGGCGACGGACUGCCUAGCUCCUACUGCACCGUCAUUAUCAACCACAGCAAGACUUUCAAGACGCGAACAAAGCCACAAAACUCAAAGCCGUUUUUCAAUGCGGGAUGUGAGCGAUUCAUCAGAGACUGGAGAGAUUGCGAAGUAUUCGUUUCCGUCCGAGACGCAAGACUACACGAAGACAAUCCUCUGUUGGGAAUUGUCCAUCUCCCACUCGCCGAGCUUUUCAAGGAUCGCGCUCAAGUAAUGGGAUGGUACCCGUUAAGCGGUGGUGUCGGCCGUGGCCGCAUCCGAUUAUCUCUUGUCUGGCGCAGCGUCAGACUCCAAGCUCCGUCUAACCUGCUGGGCUGGCAAUACGGUACGGUAAACAUACAACCAGUUGCCGUCAGCGAUAAUUGCCCGUCAGAGCUGCAAUCAUGUAAAUUAAAGCUCAAAACGGACAUCAGCAUGGGCAAGAUGCGGCCGACGGGAAACAGCGGUAAAUGGACGUCUAAAAAGGAACAGAGUCUCCAUUUAGCCGUCAAAAAGCGGUACAGCAGCUGCAUGGCUAUUGAGUUCCGAGACAAACGAUUCCUCGGGGACAAAGUAUCUGCGUUUUGCGUGCUCUGGCUGAAGAAUAUUCCCGAUGAAGAGGAGCAGGAUCUCGAGCUCCCCAUCUGGAAAGGAGACUAUGACCGCGCAACAGCGAAUUGUCUAGAUGAAUGUGGCGAGAAAUUGGGUACCUUGAAGAUUAAAGUAACAUUCUGGUCUGGAAUGGGCACUGCUCAUUCUCGCUGGGCGAGCCGCAAUGAGCAUACCCGUGAUGUAGUCGAGGUGAUUGACACGGCCCGCGAUAAUCUUGACAUGGACAGGAUUCAAAGGGAGGCGGGUAUAGUGGAUGAGGAGGCAUCCAGCGACAGCGACAGUUCAUCGGAUGACGAAAAGGAGUCGCUGCCGGAUGGUAGCGCAGAAAACAAACAGGGCUUGGUAGAUCAGCUGAGAGACUAUAAGAGGAGGGACAAGGCGCUUCACAGGCAGCACAGAGGCCUGAUGCAGUGGAAGGUCCCGAGAACAGCGAGAUGGGUGAAACAUAAAAUGGGAAAGGUUGAGGAGAGCGUGUCUGGGUUCUUUGAUCACCAAAACAAACAACCUGGUAUUGAGACGGAAGUAUGA